AUGGGAGUCGGAAUGCACGUGAAAACCGACUCGGAGGUCACCAGCAUCGACGCGUCGACGCCGCCGCGCUCGCCGCGGCGGCCUCUGUACUACGUGCAGAGCCCCUCGCACUCCCACAACGACCUCGAGAAGAUGUCCUACGGCUCGAGCCCCUUUGGCUCGCCGGCCCACCACCACUUCCAUUACCACUGCUCCCCCAUCCACCACUCGCGCGAGUCCUCCACCUCCAGAUUCUCCGUCUCGCUCAAGAACCCCAAAAACGCCGCCGGCGGCUGGCGCCUUAUGCAGAAGAAGUAUAGCGAGGUCGAUGAGGAGGAGGAAGACGGCGGAGGCGACGGGGAGGCCGGCGGAGGGAGGGACGGCGGGCAAGUGAGGUUCUAUGCGGUCUGUUUUGUGUUGGCGUUUGUUGUCCUGUUUUCGAUCUUCUCGUUGAUUCUGUGGGGCGCGAGCUUGGCUUACAGGCCGAGGAUUGUCGUCAAGAGCAUUUCUUUUAAGGCUUUCAAAAUUCAAGCUGGGAUGGACCCCACCGGUGUACCAACGGAUAUGUUGACUUUGAAUUCCACGGUGGCAAUUUCUUACCGGAAUCCGGCCACCUUCUUCGGCGUCCACGUCACCUCCACCCCUCUCGAGCUUCACUAUUUGGGCCUCAAAAUCGCUUCCGGUCAAAUGAACAAGUUUUAUCAAUCGAGAAAGAGCCAGCGGAGGGUGAUAGCUUUGGUUCAAGGGCAUCAAGUGCCACUGUAUGGAGGAAUGCCUUUGUUCGUUAGCGCUAAAGACCAUCUCGAAAGCACGUCUGUGCCUCUGAACCUAACGUUCGUGAUGAGAUCGAGAGCUUACAUUCUAGGGAAGCUCGUUAAGACAAAGUUUUAUCGACAUGUGCUAUGUGAAUUUAAUUUCAGAGGUAACCAUCUGGGGAAGCCUCUCAACUUUACUAAACUCGAGUCUUGUGUUUACCGUUAA